AUGGGGAUCCAGGGGCUGCUGCCGCAGUUGAAGUCAAUCAUGUCGCCCAUUAGCGCGGAGGAGCUGCGGGGCCAGACGGUGGCUGUUGACACGUACUCCUGGCUCCACAAGGGCGCUCUAUCCUGCGGUGACCGCCUCUGCAAGGGCAUCCCCACCACCAGGCAUAUCGAAUAUUGCAUGCAUCGGGUUAACAUGUUGCGGCAUUUUGGUGUCAAACCAAUUCUUGUAUUUGAUGGAGGCCUUCUGCCAAUAAAGAGCUAUCAAGAGACGAAGCGGUCAAGGUCAAGAAAGGAAAACCUUGAGCGUGCCAGGGAACAUGAGGCUUCUGGGAACUCACGUGCUGCUUUUGAGUGCUAUCAGAAAGCUGUUGACAUUACACCUAGAAUUGCUUCUGAACUGAUUGAGGUACUGAAGAAAGAAAAGGUUGAUUAUAUUGUUGCACCUUAUGAAGCAGAUGCGCAAAUGACAUUCUUAUCUGUUAAUAAACUUGUUGAUGCUGUGAUCACUGAGGAUUCAGAUUUGAUACCAUUUGGUUGUUCUAGAAUUAUUUUCAAAAUGGACAAAUUUGGGCAAGGUGUUGAAUUUCAGAUUACACGACUAGAGCGAAAUAGAGACCUUGACUUUAAUGGAUUCACAAGACAAAUGUUACUCGAGAUGUGUAUUUUAAGUGGCUGUGACUAUCUCCCCUCAUUGCCAGGAAUGGGCGUGAAACGAGCUCAUGCACUCAUCCAAAAGCUAAAGUGUCACGAGAAGGUGAUCAAGCACCUGAGGUAUGGUGCUGUUUCUGUUCCACCUCAAUAUGAAGAAGACUUCAAGAAGGCAAUCUGGGCAUUUAAGUUCCAAAGGGUCUAUGAUCCUGCUACAGAAGAUAUUAUUCAUUUGUCAAGUAAUAUUGCCAAAGGCAUUGCUCUAGGGAACAUUGAUCCACUCACAAAGGAACCAUUUGAGAUCAAACCAGAGUGCAGUGCACCUGCUGUUCAUAAGGUUUGUCCAACCAGAGAGCCUAUUGCACCUUCAAAUGGGAGGAAGAAGCUAGAAUUGCCUGUGCAGAAAAAUAUAUUGACCAACUAUUUCUGCUUAGCAUCCCUUGAGGCAAAACGGGAAUUCAGGGCGCCUAAAGUAACACAUAAGCAACAAAUAUUGAAUGAAUCUUUGCCUAGCCCUCAAACUCAAGGCUCUGGUACCCCUGAUUCAGUUGAAGAUACUAUGUUGCCAACAGAUCACAUCCAAGCUUCUCAAUGUAGUUCUGAGCAUUUAAGCUCUGAACCUCCUCAAAAUGACCCAAUCAGUGUUAGCUCUCAGUGUAGCUCUGAGCGUUUCAGCUGUGAGUACCCCCUCGAUGAUUCAGCCAAUAAAUCACCUCAGUGCAGUUCACUUGAUGGUGGUAGUGAUCCUCCUUACAAGGAUACGAGCAUUAAAGACAGAAAGGUCGAGGCUGAUUACGGCAACGAAAAUACAAUACCUACAAGUCCUUGCUUAGUGGGAAAUUUGCCCUGGACAUCAGAGCCAUUUUUACUUCCCCAUAACAUGGGACCAUCUUUACCAGUUCAACAUUAUACUGAAAGCAUUGUGGCCUCUAAAAAUAAUGACAUUACCGCAAGGAGUUCAUACUUCAAAACGGUAAAUAAGAGAAUUUGCACAGAUCAAGAAGACCAGUUAGAUGAUGACUAUGAUGUUGGUACUGGUAAUCUUUCUGGAGAUCAACUGAGGAAAUCUGGCAUGUUGAAGAGAAGAAAGCUUUCUGGCAUCCAAAAUUUCGAAGAUGAAACUUUACAACCGAUUCAUUCUGACGAUAGUCCACCAGUCGUUGAUGAAGGUCAAGAUACAGAUGAUCCUGAUGAUACAAAUAUAAGAACUGAAAGAAGAUUUGGAUGCAACGUUUCCCAUGUGAAUACAUACAGUGGAAUUGCAGAAAAAUCAAUGGAUAAGUUUGCUGCAUUGGUAUCAUCUUUCAGAUACCCUGGUCCCCGUGCCAGCGGCCUUCGUGCUCCUUUAAAGGAUGUGAAGAACACACUUUCUGUGAGAUCUAUUCUCAAAGCUCCAGAACAAGGCACAUUCAGACGCACAGCAAAGAAAACAGGUCUAGGGCCCCCUUCAAAAAGCAGAUAUACAAGUGAUGAUAAGGAAAGUGCUGCCAGCCCCCCUGAUAUUAGCACAUUUGCUUAUAGGCCUAUGAAAACUGCUGCUUCUGAUCAAGGCAAAACCACAGGUAAAGCUACAGACACUACUGAUGGCCCUGCUGAUCUGGGAACGUUUGCAUACACAUCCGUGGCACCCACUGUCUGCUAUCCUGAUCAGAGCAAAUAUGCAGGUACAGCUACGAGAAUUGCAGACAGCCCUCCUGAUCUGAGCACAUUUGCAUAUAAACCCGUGAAAGCUGCAGUCAGAAAUUUGGAUGGGAGCAGAUUCACAGGGACAACACUGAAAGCAACUCGAGGGCCUUCUAGGAGCCAAUUCAAAUAG